GGGCUGCCCACUUGCCGCAGCGAUGGAGCAGGCAUCGGCACAACAGCCGGGUCCACCGAUAACCACAGUAUGGCCCAAGCUAGCACAGUACCUAAGCGUCGUCGACGCGCUCGCGGCGGCGCAGGCGUCGAAGGCCUGGCAUCACGCGGUAACGGACGCGAGCCCCUGGGCGCCCCGACGCAUUGAUGGCGCGAAAGCCGCCGUCGCGGCCUGCGAGGCCGCCGCGGCCGCCGCGCGCGCGACGGCGAACGUACCACACAAGUACCGCCGGUCGCGCCUCAUGGACCUCGAGGACCGGCCGGCGUACCGCAACUUCGUGUCCGGCGAGGUCGGCGCGCUGUCGCUGGCGCGCAUCCUCGGCGCCUGCUCCCUGAAGGGUAAAUUUGUCGACCUCGGCAGCGGCACCGGACGGCCCCUGGUCUACGCCGCGACGCUCGGUUCGUUCGCGGAAGUCAUAGGACUCGAGUUGUUAGAUGGCUACGUGCGGUCCUCGCGCGAGACGCUGGCGCACGUUGAGUGCAAAUGGAGCAUCCAUCAGCGGGACUUCGUUUCUGAUGAGGGCGCCGCCGUCUGGCGGGACGCGGACGUCGUCUUCGCGGCGUCGACGGUCUUCGACGAGGCGCAGAUGGCGCGCAUCGCGGCGCGCGCAGUGGCGCUGAAACGGGGCGCUUGGGUCGUGACGCUCGACGUCGCAUUGCCCUCGCCGCACUUUGUUGUGGAGUGGCUCAUAAAGUGCCCGGACUGCAGCUGGGGCGCGGCGCGGGCUUUUGUGCAGCGGCGGGUCUGA